CCUUGGACUGCAACCCAGGAGCCAGACACAAUCGAUAUGUGGAUCGCCCGCCGUUGUGAUGGGGAUCACUAAACUGGCAGAUUUGAUUCGCCGGGAAGCUCCCGGUGCUAUUUCUCACAAGCAUGUCGGCGACUACACAGGCAUUUUACUGGACGUAAUGACGUAAUUUUCUGGAUCAUUGUCAUCACAUUGUUGAUACAAGGAUUCAGUUUUUCAGAAAGAUACAGCAUAACAACAGGACAGCAUAUACCAGGGACUAUAGAGUUCGGGUUUGGUCUCCAUGAUGUUGAGCAGAAUCGAGUAACAUUGUAAACAUAUCCUCGGCACACAGUUAAGCCACUUUGCUCUUAUUCCAAGUUCCAAAAAGGACAGGAAAGGUAAUAGCUGUGGAUACAUCGAUUAUGUUGAACCAGUUCCGCACAGUGACACCAUCACUGAGCCCGCUGACUGGUCUCUUCUUUCGCACGCUCACUCUCCUGGAACACGACAUAAAACCUAUUUUUGUGUUUGAUGGCAAGCCUCCCAGAGAAAAGUUUGCUGCACUUCGGAAACGAGCCGAAGCAGCAGGUUGGCACGCCCACAACCACUUGGGCACAGCAUCACUCCAAACAAAAGACACAUUGCACCUCCUGAAGCUUCUGGGUGUACCCAUGCUACAAGCUCCGGGAGAUGCUGAAGCUUUUUGCGCUUGGCUGGUGAAACGGGGCACUGCUGAAGCUGUGUCAUCAGAAGACAUGGACACGCUGCCGUUUGGAGCACAUGUUAUGAUUCGCCAUUUGAAUGCAAAGAGAGACAGUGAUGUUGUGGAAUAUUCCUUACCAAAACUGUUAGAGAUACUCCAACUGACCCACAUGGAAUUUGUUGACCUGUGCAUCUUGUUGGGAUGUGACUACUGUGACAAGAUAACAGGUUUUGGUCCCAAGAGAGCGCUGACACUGAUCCAGAAAUACCGCACUAUCGAAGAUGUUGUUCUGCACAUCAACAGAAAGACCCAUCCAGUGCCGAAUAACUGGAAAUACAAGGAAGCGCGGAAGUUAUUUUUAGACGCAUCACAGACAGCAUUGCCUGAACUGACGUGGACUGAGCCAGAUGAAGAUGCUUUGGUUGCGUUCCUCCGGCGCGCCACAUAUGUCAAGGAGAAUAGAAUCCGUCAUCGCAUGGAGAAGUUCAGAGAGAUGCGGGAGAGGAAGCGAAAAAAGAUGGAAAAGGAGAGGGCAAUUCCACAAUACACCCAGACCCGUGUGGAGGACUUUUUCAAAGUUCUCAGGAAGAGAGUGCAGCCAGUGGAAGCUGCUGACGGUGGAAGCAGCAAGAAAAAGAGAAAGACGAGAUGAGGCUGCCAUCAAGCAUGUGGAAAUUGAAGUACAUCUUUCUUUGUCUACACCAGUCUCAAAAUCAUAAGCAAACUCAUUUUAAUCAUGUUGAAUGAAAAAGCUCAACUCAGUCACAUUUCUCGACAUACCUAAAUGGUUAGUCCAUUUUAUUUUUGUUUCAUGCUUAGUACAUGGCAAGGUACUGCAGAUAUUUUAUUUAAAAAAAAUGUUUUUGAUCCAGUUGCACAGCAGUGAAUUCAGACUGCAUGGGACUAAUUUUACAAUACUAUUGCCUUGUCUCUUGUGGUAAAACUGCAAACACGGUAAACAAGCAAAGCUACCAUAAAGGCAGAUCAAAUAGUGGCUAGCUAUGAAAGAGGCCAGUGUGAGCACUGUCGGGGUAAUUCUACCAAAGCCAAAAAGAGACAGGGGAUGUCUCAUCACCAGAUAUUCAACUAGCACCUGUUGUGUAAUCUGUGCCAAGAGACCAGAGACUUGAAUUUUGUGGAAUUUUGUUAUAUCUGAAGAGUACAGUGAGAUUUUCAAAUGUGUGUGUUUUAAAGACUACAUUGUUUUGUUAUGUUUAAUUUCAAUACUGUUAAACA